GCCCCGCCGCAGCCGUGGCUGGAGCGGCUGCUGGCCCGCGGCUGCCGGCUGGCUGCGGAUGGACGCCUCCGGCUCCCCCGGCACACCCGCCCCCUGGCGCUAGCCCGGCGUGCGCUGGCCGCCAGGGGCCACCUCGGCGAGCGUGGCAGGCAGCUCUUUGACCUGGCACUGGGAGAGGCCGCAGCGGCUGGCGCAAUGCUGCAGUAA